GUCAUAAAGCUUCUUCGAGGAUUCCCUUCUCGUAAAGAAGUAUCUUUGAUCUUACGAAAAGGAAAAAGCUUACGCUUGAAAUUUACGAUACGAAACGAGAGAAAUUUCCGCGGAACAUUUUCAAAUAAAGGAUCUAGAUCGAUCUAUCUUCUAAAAAUACAAGCUGACCCGGUCCGAGUUUUUUCCUCGGUGCCAACUCGCAGUUUCGCUCUCGCUCCUUCUGGGAACUAAACAGAAUACCGUAGAUUAGCGAAAUCAACUUGCGAAAUACUCUGCCAAAGAAGAGAUAAUAGAUAAUUUAAUCGCACGUUCCGAACCUGGACAAUCGAUUCGACCGAAAAAACGAAUUAUACGCGGAAAUUAGUAGCUCAAGUGGAGAGUAAGUACAGCAUGGGUGCGGCUGGCAGUAGUAGCAGUGGACAUCCUCCUUCGGUACCUUUGAGACCGCGGAGCGAGGAAACAUUUAUCUACGGGACAGAGGAAUCCUGCUGUCCGGAAUACACGAACGAAAAUAUACGACAAAGGACGAGGACUAGCGCGUUCGACGUGGGUGAAGAACCUCGAUCGCAGGGUCCGAGUCCUUACGCGACCUUCAGAGGCGAAGAAUGGUGCAGUCAAAGACCAUCUGCGCCGAGUUUGUCGAACUUGCCACCUCCACGUCGGGAGACUUUGUUGACGUACGCCGCGCAGAUGACAGGUUGGCAGACAGCCGAGGGGCACAGCCCUUCGUUCUCUCAGCAACACCAAGAAGCCAUGGAGCUUUCGAGAGCGAUCACGCAGCUCGCCAUGGCCAAUCAGCAGUUAGCGACAGCUCACACGGCCACCCUGGCGCAUUUGGAGGAGCUGUAUAUGGACCUCAGGAGGGAGAGGGAGUUGAGGAAACGGGGUUUUGCGUCGUGCAUGUUGGACGAGGCCUCGAAGAAAAGACUGACGAUCGAGCAGGAAGGGGAUGACGAGGAUGACGAAGAGAGGCAAUCGAUGGAACUCAGACUCGACAGAUUGGAGAACCUGCAGACCGACGAUCGCGACACCUGCCAGAAUAGACAAAGGAACUUGCGUCAGGGGGACGAUAAAAAGCUUCGGUCCAGACUAGAGAAACUAGAGAGAACAGACGACCGACAAGGGUGCAUGGGCGUUCGUCGUUCAACGGAAAACAUGGAAGCGCGCGACGUCGAUCACGACAGGGUUCUAAGUAGCAUCGAUGUACCUGAAUGUAAAUCAGAAAGUCAACCUUUGGUGAGCCGGGUGGAAACGACGGAUGACGAGGGUCGAACAAGAUCUGUUUGCAGAAUACGUAUCACGCACGGCGGACAAGCGUACGACCCGAGGUCCGGCGAUGAAACGGAUCGCUCGACCGCGAAUUUGCAUUUAGAAAAGUCUGAGGAGGAUAGUGCCGCUAGAAAAGAGACGAUCAGGUUGUCGGAGGAAAUCGAGAGAUUAAAGGGUGAACGAUCAGAGUAUCGAUCCAUGAACGAAAGAUUGGCGAGCGAUUUGGCGGUUCAGAAGGCGAUGGCGAAGAAGCUGACGGAGGACUACGAGGAAUCGAAGUUGCGCCGCGAGAAAAUAGAAUCGAGCUUACAGGAACGCAGAGAAGAGUACGACAAUCUUAUGGAGAAGCUUGACUUCGCCACGAAGGAAACCGAAAGGCUGUUGAAGGAAAUCGACGCUUUCAAUACGCAAAAAGACACUGCGGAGGCAAGGAUCUUUAGUCUGGAGCAGGAACUGCAGAAGUCGUUGCUGGAGAAGGAGCAAAUUAAGAGCAUGGAGAAUCAGAAAAUUUUGAAAUUAAAGGCGCAGCUGUCCGAAGAAGUUUCGGACAAGAAGAAACAAAUAAAAGCUCUCGAGGAAGCUUUGGACGAGAUUCAAAGACUGAAGGAGACUAUCAAGACUGAACGAAAAAGCGACGAUGACGACGCUUCGAGAGAAGACGUUGAUGAUCUGCAAGCGAGUCCAGCAACCGACCGUGCGAACAACAUAGAGGAAUUCAAAAAGGAGUUGACGCUGAAGAGAGAAGCCAGGCAACGAGCGAUCACGGCUGUUUCGUCGGAGAUGGAGCGACUGAGGCGCGAAUUGGACGCAGAGAAGGAGGCUCACUCCGAGACAUCGAGGGUGUUGGAUCUUUUGAGGUCCGCUCAGAACGAUGAUCGGACUCAGCCGCAAACUAGCGAAACAAACGGAAGCUCGAGGAAGUCCAGAAUCAGAGAUCAGAAGCCGGACGAACACGAGCUAGCAAUGAAACGCGUGGAAGCUCAGCGAUUGACUAGUGUCUUAAAGGUUUCCGACGAGCUUAGAAACGACAUUCGCUUCCAAAUCGAGAAAGUGGACGACUUGCGCUAUCAACUGGAAACCGAGCCGGAUCAGCAUCGCUACCGUAUCCUGUCUCUGACGGAGGUCACAAACAAAACGCGAGAAACACUACACGCGAGAGAACGUUGCGCCAACGAGCUGAAGGACCAUCUCGCGCAGAUACUGGUUCGAUUAGGGGACAGAAGCUUCCUGGACCUGAAGGACGACGUUGGCCUGGAGUGCGAACGUCAGCUGGAGAACAUCAAUAGCUUGAAGAGUCUCUACAACGAGAGGCUGAAAGUGCUGACCGAAUUGAAAGAAGCAGCGGUCAGGGAGCUCGCGGACGUAAAGGAGAGAUUGGAUCACUCCUUGAAAAAGUCUGAGUGUUUAGAGGAGGAUCUGAGAAAGGCUGACGAGAAGAUCGAUGUCCAAGAUACCGAGAUAUCGAAUUUGGAGUCUCAGCUGGGACUCACCAAGGCGGACUGCAGAGAUCUACAGAAUCAGAUGUCGCUCAUCAAUGGGUUGUUCACUCAGAUGCUUCUAGGUGCCUCCUCGGCUGACAUGGAUCUCGAUCGACUGACUCAACUACUUCAGGAGAAUCACGAUCUGAUAAGCGACAUGGCGAGAGAGGAAAGCACCGAGGCUGCAGCGCUUCCGAAACUUCUUCUCGACUUGGUGGAGCAAGUGGAGGGCAGCAAAGGCACUCAAAAACGUAUCGAAGGUGAGGGUAGUGGAACCAAUGGCGAGACAGAGAAGAAGGAGGACGACCUGCAACAAGAAGAUAUAGCUCACAAUUUACCCAAGGUAUGGCGCGUUUUGUUGGAAUUAUUGAGCUGUCACGCCGAGGGUAGCCCAUCCGCUGCCGCAGCGUCCGCUUCGGAUCCUAACAUUUGUUACAAAUCCGUCGACACUCCAGCUGGUCCCAGAUUAGUGAUAUCCGUCAGCAAAACGUAUAUUCGUCUGAAAGAAUUAAUCCUCGAGAAGAAACACUUGGAGAAGGAGAUGAACCGGAUGAAACAGCUCAACACACAUUUGGAGAGCAAACUCGGCGAACAGGAAAAGAGGCUGUCGGCGGUAUCGGCGGAGCUGAGCAAAACUUGGACCAUCGUCGAUCGAAUGCAGGCUCAGCACCAGCAGCUGCACACCCACGAGAAGAUUCUGCGAUACGAACUGCAACAGAAGCGAAAAAUGCUCCAAGAACUGAAGCAGGAGUUGGAAUAUUGCCGCGAGAAAUGGGAGUCGGCCAGACAGAAGAACACCAACACCGAGUUGGAAUGGAGAAGCUUGCGACGGGAGUUUGCCGCGAGGAAAGCUCUGGCUGUUCACGAUUCUUUCAACAACAGCGCCGAGAGUGGAUUCAGCGAUGAACGAGGAGAUGACACGGACGAAGAGGACGAUGCUGUAGAAGGAAGACUUAGGCUAGGUCCUCGGAGGAAGCCGCGAAAGGAGAGUCCUCGAGCACCAACUCCAGAUACAGAAUCGGAACAGCCGACCGACACCGAGUUGUCCGAGCCAAAAACAGGUUCCUCGGCAACGCUGGAGCAACGAACGCCCACUCCGGAAACGGAAGCUGAACUGGACGAGACCGAAGCAGCGGACGUGACGUUGAACGCGGUGUCCGUAAUCGCGUCGGGAGUACCGCAAUCGAUAUCAGAAAGCUCGCAAGGCUCGCUGGAUUCCCUGGACCAAGCUUUGACAAACGUCAUUCAGAAUCUUAUAGCAAUUAACGAACCAAGUUCGUCGACCUUUGCGAGUCCAAGCGCCGAAGUAGACGUCACAGACGAUAUUGCAAAGGAUGAAUCAUCCUUCUCGGAAAGCUCCACUACGAUAGACUCGAGUCUCGCACCAAGAGUCGUAUCGCGCGAUCCAGAAUCAUUAAUUAACAACAGUGAUUCUAUAGCGCUCUCCGUACAAGACCUCGCCCCGUCAUCAAGCACAGGCGAUAGCUGUCAGAAAAUAGAGGACACGGACGGUGAGAAAGCAAAGACCGAAAACCUCCUCGACUCGUCUGUAUCUCACGCAUCCACCGUACCUAGCUCAACCAGCACGUUGUCUGUUUUCACCAUCGGGCCCUUUCCCCAGUCCACUGUGACACAUUCGAUCGUGAAAAACGUUCACUUUACCGAUUCCAUGAUCACCGGUCCGUCUAAUAAAUGUUUUACUCCAGUUUUCGGCGCACCGCUGACAGUCGUUAAGGAUCGUUUCAACGAAACUGGCUUGUCCGAACCGUCCUCGGCGUGUAUUACGCCAUCUAGUCAAGAAGCAGACUCAAGAAUUAUCGAGAAACGCGGCAUCAGGUCGACAGAGGGUGUCGUUGACUCCGACAGCGUUUCCGUCGACUCGUCCUCGAGCUUGGAAACGGUCAAAGAAUUCCCCGCCUGUUCCCCCGAUGAAGCUGGAAAGAAGGAGGGCUCGGAAAUGGGAUCCUCGUGGCAAGAAGAGAACAAAGUAGCUACGGUUAAGACUCGAACGCCGGAAGAAGCUCUGGCCGCCAGAGAAGAUAGAUUGAAGAGACUGGAGGAACAAGCUAAGUGGCUCAUGAAUAAAAUGAACGCCACCAGCAGAAGAGGCUCCGCGCUCAGCACCAGACUCGAGGAACUUCACGAGGCCUAUGGCGAACCACCUGUUCCUCCUCCUAUGCCCGACGUUCUACCUAGUCGAAGAUUGAGGACAAAUUUAACGGAUCUACCUCGCCAGGUACCUGAAUCAUCUCCCGCCGAAGGUACUGAAAAUUCCAAUAAGCUCAUCUCGAGUUCCAACGCAUCACCGUCGGAUAACGCGCCUUGAGAUGCCCACGAUUUUCAUUGUACGAAGAAACAUUACUCGACGUUUAUUUUCGUCGACGACAGAAACAUGUGUAUGUCAGACGUUGACUGUGCGUCGAUCCAAGAAACGUGUCGACUUUGUACGUAAACAGGCAUUAUGUAAUAAUUAAGAUGAGUCAAAGUAUUUGGACUCGUCGCAGAAAUCAUUAAUCGAGUCGGCAACGAAUCGUUUUCGUUUAAACCCGUCUCGUCGCGUCGGUUCGAACCUAUCGAACUUUUUACGAAACAUUUUUCAGUGGUAUGGUAUUUUUAUUAUCGAUGUGUCAUCGUUUAUAUCGGUAUAAGUAAUUUCUUGUUGUUCCUAACUGCGGAGGUAAAUGUGAUCACUUACGAAUCCGUUCCGGUUUUGUACCUUCUACGAUUGUACCUACUAAUUGUGCUGUAUAAAUAAACGAUACUUUGGUUUCAUUACAAA